AUGUCUUUCCUACGGCGACCGUUCAAAAUUCGCGACAAUGAAGACAGCGCCGAUGCGAACUCGGGCCAUGAGUCGGACGUUACUGAUGGAAGCCUUCACUAUGUCGUCGAGAAAGGCGGAAACGAUUCAGGUCCCUCCUACCAGGAGGCAACGGGUGCCCCAGUUGAGAGGAGUUCGCCGUUAGGAUAUGCUGUCGGGCCCGUCACGAUCGUCUUUCUCAAUUAUCUGUUCAAAGUAGCAGGGUCGACUCCAGGGCCCUGGCAGUUGAAGGGUGUGGCGGUGGCUGGGUACACUGUCGCCACAUUAGUUGUUGCCCUACACAACAACUUCGCUUACCAGUUCUCCAAUGGAGUCGGUGCAGUCAAGCUGUUGACGCUAGUCUUCAUCGCCAUUACUGGAUUGGUUGUACUAGGAGGCCACACCAAAGUCCCUGAGCCGCAUGCAAACUUUGAGAACUCAUUCGAUGGUCAAGCGACAGCUUACGGCUUGACAAAUGCUCUUUACAGAAUCAUUUUCUCGUAUGCCGGUUUCGAGAACGCCUUCAACGUUGUGAAUGAGGUUAAAGAUAACGUUCAGAACCCGGUGAAACAAAUCAGGAAAUACGGAUGGAUUUCUCUUGGCAUUGUGACUGUCCUCUACAUCUUGGCCAACAUUGCCUAUUUCGCAGCCGUACCAGAAGCGGACUUGGCAGCAGCCGAACAGAUCGCAGCAAGUCUAUUCUUCACCAAUGUUUUCGGUUCCAGCGGUGCGGGUGUUCUGCCCUAUCCCCGGUUCUGGGCAUCAACAAGACCUUUCGGCACGACCCUGGGUCCUUAUCUCGUCAAAUACAUCUUGACUAUUAUCAUGAUUGUCGCUCCCCCCGCCGGCGACGCUUUCAACUUUAUCGCCGAUCUCCAGGUCUAUCCUUCCGCCUUCUUUGGCUUUGUCAUGUCAGUGGGGCUAUACGUGGUCCGCUGGCGUCGCAGUCGCCUCAAUCUUCCUCCGCCUGAGUUCAAAGCAUGGGACGUCAUUAUCAUCUUCAACAUCGCAAAGGACUUAUAUCUCCUCAUCAUGCCUUGGUACCCCCCUGAGGGUGGCGUGUUCGCCGGCGAUGUGAGCUUCUGGUAUGCCACAUACGUCGUUGCCGGCAUCGGCAUUCUUCUUGGCUGUGGUGUGUACUACUGGCUUUGGAUCUACGUGGUCCCGAAAGCGAGGGGCUACCGUAUCAGGCAGCAGGUCUUGGAGCUGGCCGACGGCGCUCAGAGUCACAAGCUUGUCAAAGUCCCGGUUGCCGACUUAGCUGAAUGGGAUGCCACGCACGAUCAUGUUGGACGGCCGCUGCAACAAGUUGCAAGUGUUCCAGGAUCCGAGGAAGAAAAGAAGCCAGUAGCUGUGUGA